UGUAUUGGCAAACGGUCAGACAAAGUUUUCAUCAGUCAAGCGUUUACUCGGCAACCACUGCGCAGUUAAGAUAAGUUGCAGAAAUAAGGUGGCCUUCAAAGUGGAUCCAGUUUUUACGUUUUCGUUAUGCAAAUCAAGCAAUCUUAACUUACAAGUGGAUGUUGAUUUUGUGCCAAAGCCGAUUAAUGUGAGGAAAGUGGGUAGGGCAAAAUGUCGAACAAAAAUGCUGAACUUAAUCCAAUCUCGGCCUCGCAUGGAAAAUACGAAGUGAACUCCAAUGAGACGAGUGAUGGAGGUGCGCCUGAUGGUAUCUACAAGGUACUUCAAGGCGACAGAAACUUAAGUUCCAUUGAAGUUAACGUGGAUACUGGUAGCUUGGACGAGUCCCAUUCCAGAACUCGAGACGCAGGACCAAGUAUAGAUAUGUCAAGCAGUACACCAGAAUUAAGUUUACCGAAAAUUGGUGGAAAGAAGAAAUCUGUAAAUUUCAUUGACGAUACUCUAAUUACGGAAAAUACUUCAAAAUCAAAAAAGAAAAAGGGCAAAAAGAAGUCAAAAGGUAAACACAAGAACACCUCUAUUUCUAUGUCGUUGGAGAAAGAGGAACAGACACCUUCAUUGUUAAGUGUCCGCAAAGAAGACACAGUGACAGAGUUUGCAACAACAGGGACCAGUUCACAAGAAGAUAGUAAAGAUGGGAACAUGGAUGUAACACCUCAAACAAUGGUAUCUUUGGAUCUUAAAGCUAGUCACAAUGAGAAACUUGAAUUGGAAGAGGAUGAUAAAGACAUGGAUGUUGUGUUGACUGCAGAUAUAGGGAUUGAUGACCAAGUGUAUGCGUCAGAAGAAGAAGCCCCAACCAAAGUAUAUAUGGAUACCCAAACAAUUAUUACUACGGAAGAAAUUAGAGCCGAUUGCAAAGUAAUUGAACAAGUAGAAAGAACAAUAAUCUUGUCUCCUUGCGAAAAAGAAUCUGAGGAUGAAAUUUCUGCAAAAGAAUUAUCAACGACUGCUCUUUUGGAAGAAAUAACACAAACAAUUAAUACAUUUUCAGAAAUACAUGCACAGGAAGAACAAAAUUAUCUAGAAAUAGACAACCCACAUCCAACGAUAGAAGAGGAAGUCAGUGUUGAAAUCAUCAAACAAACAAGUUUUGAUAUUCCAACAUUUAAAAAAAUGGAAGUUCCUGAAAAUGCUUGUGAUACAAAGGAAAGGAAUGUAGAGUCUACAGGGAAGACAGUUCAUUUUGAACUUGAUAUAGGCAAAGAUAAUAUAAGUUUUAAGAAUGAUGCAAUUUCAAAUACUGAUGAAGUUGAAAUAGACAUGAACUUGACACAUGAUUUGUCAAUAGGAAACCAAAAUGAUGAAGAAUGUCUAGUAAUUGAGAAUGCAGAGGAAGAGGUAAACUAUCAUGAAUCUUCAUCUUCUAGUUCAAGUUCGGAAGAUGGUCGUGAGGAACAAUUUAAAAAUAAAAAAAUGAAAAAGCGAAAAAGACGGAGCUUCCUCUCAGGAAUCAAUUUUCACUUGCCUAAGUUUGGUAGCAAAAAAAAGAAGGACAUUACAGUUGGUAAAUCAGAUUUGAAUACCAUAGGAUUGGAAUCCAGUGAAUAUGCAAGUAAUGAAUUUAUCAAUGAUGAAACUAUCUCAGGAACAAUUGAUUCAGAGCCAUUAAAGACACAUGAAAACAAAAACUUAGAUUUGUCAACUGCUUUAUCGGCUGAAGUGAAAGGUCAAAUUGAAUUUAAUAAUGCUGCUGUAACUGAUGAUAUAUGUGAUGGUAAUAGUCCAUCUGCUGACAGUUGUCUGGAUGUUUCAUAUAGCAAGACUGUUGAAACCAAUCCAAAUGAUGAUUCUCUUACCAACAACGUCAGCUUGGGGGAAGCUGACGUUAUGGUUAUGAAUGAUAUAAUCACAGAAGGCAACAUACAGCUUAAUGAUAAAUGUGUUUCUUCACAAUGUAAUAAAGUAGAAUCUCCAGGUCAAAUACAGAUUCAAGAAACUGAAGUGGAACUCCAAGUUGGUUCUGAAAUGUUAAAAGAACAAAACAGAGAUCUUGAAGCCUCAUUUGAAAUAUCACCCAAUGAAGAAGACAAGGGGAUUGAAGAAAUAGAAAGAACAAAGAAAAAGAAAAUGGGUAUUUUAGCAAGUCUUGGUAUCCACAUGUCGGGUUUUAGUGGCAAAAAGAAAGGGCAGAAUAUAGAGGACUCGGAAGUGAAAAUGGGUGACACCAGAAUUGAUUCAGGGUUAGAUGGAAAUCCAUCCAUGUUUGAUGCUAGUUUUCAAGUGGAUUUGGAUUUAGAUAACAAGUGUACAGAUACAAACCAGUCUGAUUCAGAGAAAUUAUUAGCUAGUGGAGUUAAAUCACUGCCAACAGAAAUUAUGGAUAUUGACACUCCAGAUUCAACAAACUUAUCUGUCGAAAUUGGCCAAGCAAAGUCUUGUGAAGGAGAAAUUGAUCUUUCAGGAGACACAGAUGACCAAGUCAACGUUGUUGCAGAUGUCAAUCUCGAUGAGGAAGAUGGCGGGAUUUAUCCAAGAAGCAAAAACCAAAAAAAAGGUCGUUUUGGAGGAUUUCAUUUGCACAUGCCAAAAUUCAACAAAAAGAAGAGUCAUUCAAAUUUGGGACAUAAAGAGCAAGAGGCUGAAUUGAAAAAUGACAUAAAAGUUGAGUUCACAUCAAAUGAAGAACUGGAACUUAAAGGUAACAAAAAUUCUGAAGACAAUAACACUGAGGCUUGUGAUGAUAAUGGAUCAAACAUACAAGGUGAAGUUCAUUUGGGAACUGUUGGUAUUGAUGUAGGAAUAACAAGUAAUCAGGAACACCUUGAUAACAGUCUGAGAAAAUGUAAUAAUGAGGACAACAUCAGUGUUAAUGAAAAAGAUGUAUUGACAGUCACCUGUGAAAAUAGCUAUGAGUUCCAAGAGGGAAAAGAUUCUCAGAUAUCAGGAAUAGAAUAUGCUACCAGUAAUCCAAGUGUUAGUCUUGAUACAGGUAUUACCACAAAAUCAAAUGAUGUUGACCCUACAAUUGCUUUUAAGGCAGAGCAUGAUAAUAUAAUUAUGGAAGGAAACCUUGAUGGAAAUGAUAUAAACUUGGAUGACCUGAAAAAUGCAGCGUGCCCUGAUAUUGGUGGAAGAGGAAGAAUAGCUACAACUUCAUCCAGUAGUUCAGAGGAUGAAGUACUAUCUAAUGGAAAGAAGAAGAGGAAGAAGGGCAAAAAGUCAAAAAAGAAGACAAAGAAAGACAGCAAAGGCAUUUUUGGAAUCAGUUUCCACAUGCCAACGUCCAGUGAAAAAAAGGAAAAACACUUGGAGUCAGGGUCACCAGUAUUGAGUUCUGAUGCCAAUAUAAAUGGUAAAUUAGUCAAAGACAAUGAUUUUGCUACAGAAGUAUCUAUUAAAGAGGAACUCACAAUAGGUACUGACAUGAAAUUGGAAGGAAUUGAAACACAAGUAAAUCUGAUGAAAAAGGGCCAAAAACAACCUGAUGAGGUUGUGUUUGAAGGUUCAAUGGAGUUGAAUGACAAUAAAGUAGGAAAUAUUCAAUUUGUUAAUUUUGAUGUUGACCAGAAUAAUGAGAAAACUAAUGUAUCUGCAGAUUUAGAGAGCCCUUCUGCCAAAACCAACAUAAAUGAAGAAUUUGAUCAUGCUGUUGAUUCCAAUGUAGAUUUAAAUGUUACAGAAGGUAGCUUUGGUGACAGAUGUAUUGAAGUUCAUAUGAAUACAACACGCAAUAAUGAUAUUUGUAAUGACAAUGGUACAAGCUGCCCAACAUCCUUUUCAAAAGAUUUUGAUGUUGAAAAUCCAAUUGAUAUUGGUGCUGCAAUACCGUCUGCAGGCAUCGUCAUAGAUGAACUAAAUGAAAAUGAUCAAACCAUUGACAUAACUGAGCAUCCAAGAGAAGAACUUGAUGUCACCAAUGUUUUAUCAGGCAAUUUAAUAGUAGAAGCUGGCCUGACAUUGUCAAGUGAUGUAUCAGUUGAUACAAAGAAAGAUUCUAAGUCAGUCAGUUCUAGAGAUGAGGAUGAAAAAUCACCCAAACCUAUAAAGAAACGAAAAAAAAUAUUUGGAAAUGUUGGUAUACAAUUUCCAAAAUUUGGAAGUAAAAAAAAUAAGUUUAGGGAACUAGCUCGAACUGAGAAUCCUGAAGUUAAGGCUGGAAUCCAUGAAAGUAAAGCUGGUGGUAAUAAACCUUCCUCGGAUUUAGCAACUGAUGAUACAGAUAUGGAAGUAAAAUUUCCAGGGAAAAGUUCACCUUCUUUAGGUGUAGACUUUGUGUAUCCUGAAGAAAAAGGUGAAGGUAGCACAGAGUUUUAUAUAGAUACAGAUAGUCAACCGAAACCACUUAGUUGUAUUCCAGAGGAAAUUGAUUUAAAAGUUGAAAAUGAUUUAAGUAGCAGUUCAAAUGAUGAUAGCAGUGAGCAUGAGGAUGAACAAAUGAAGAAGGGAAAAAAGAAAGGAUUUUUUGGAGGAAUUCAUUUACCAUCAUUUUCAUGGAAGAGAAAUAAAGGUAGUGUAUAUUCUGAAUCCCUACCAAUUUCUCCACCAAGUGAGAAUGUCAGUGUUGAAAUUAGCACUGAAGGGGGACACAUUUAUGACAACAACUUGUCUAGUAUUGAGAGUGCACUAGAGGAAACUGCAGGCACCUAUGUUCCUACAGACAAAACUGAAGCGAAGGCACAUAUUGAUGCUGACACAUUACGUCUUGGGGAUGAGCUAUUUGUUAAGAAGGAAUUGGAUACUCCAGAUUUUGAAGAAAAAGAUUCAACAAUUCAAAAUACAGAGGAUUUAAAUGUAAUGUCUGAUUUUAAAUCUGGGUUGACUCUAAGUUGUCAAAAUGAAGUUGCCAACUCUCCUGAUCAGGAUGAGGAUAGUGGUGAACAAGCUGGGUUGACUCUAAGUUGUCAAAAUGAAGUUGCCAACUCUCCUGAUCAGGAUGAGGAUAGUGGUGAACAAGCUGGAAAAGUUCAGGUCAGAAAAAAGAAAGGUCUCAAGAGUGGCAUUAACCUUUCCUUUCCAAGAUUUGGGGAAAGGAAGAAAAAAGGAAGUUUGGAUAUUGAUUCAGCAAUUAGAAGUUCACCCGAUAUUGAUAUUGUUACUGAUGAUGAGACGGUGCAUGGACAAAUGAACAUCAAUGUUGGUAGCAGAUUUGAUACCAGUAUCUCACAGGAAAUGAAGAUUGAUUCCAUUGUAGCAUCUGCAGAAGUACCAGAAAUUGAUUCACAUCUUCAAACAAAGGAAUUAGAUAUAUGUAAUGCAGAGAGUAAUGCCAAUAUCCCUAGUGAUAUAUCAGAAAUAAUGACAAUUCAGGACACAGCUGGUGAUAUGAAUAUUGGAAUUGAAGGACAGUUUGGAGAAGUUAAACAAGAAAUGGAGAUUGAACCAGCUACAGAAAAUAAAAUGAAUGAUGUAAUGGAAUUGAAUGUAGAAGCACAGUUUCCAUCACAUGUAAUUGAUGAUACUGACAAACAUGAAAACAAGGAAUUUAUAAUAGAUACAAGAGGAAUUGCAGUUGCACUAGAUAAUAAUCUAAAAUUAGCUCUGAAGGCAGAGAAUUUACCAACAGCAGAAAUAGAAGGCAUAAGUGUAUCACAUUCUGCUUCUGACAAUAUUUUGAUAGACAAUGUGCCUUGUGGCAUUAUCAAAGUUAGUUCCUCGGAAUUUGAUAAAAGUUCUUCAGCUGAAAUUGGGCUUGAACAGCCAUGCAUUCAAGAAAAUAUUGAUUUAGUUGUAAAAGAAAAUGAAGCUACUUCCAAUAGCGAUUUAAAUCUUGGACUUUACAAUAUUAUUGAUGUUGAAAAAAAAACAAGUAUGGAACUAAACAAUGUAGAUCUUAGCAUUGAUGUAAAAAAUACAGUCUCAUUCGACAAUGAUCAUGACUUGAAAAUAGGAAUUCCUCAUAGCUGUAGUACUGAAGGUAUGGUAUCAGGCCAUGUGAAUGAUUGUUCAGAUAUCAGCAUUAGUAAUGAGAAUGACAACCUGAAUUUAAAAGCAGGUAUGGGUGAUGUAGAUGAUGGUGAUCAGUUUCAGUAUCCUCCAAGAAUUAAACAACCAACUGGUUUUGGAAGCAUGUCCCAAAAAGAAUGUGUUCAGCAAUCUGAUAAAUCAGCAACACUUCCUCAAACAAGGCAAGAACUAUCACAAAGUGGAGUAAGUAUUGAGGGUAGUGUAAAGAAGCGUUUACAUAAGGGAAGCUCAGAGCCAGAAUUAUCAAGCAGGAAAUUAAAAAAACGGAAGAAACGCUUCACUUUGCUAUCCUUUAAUUUUCAUAUGCCUAAUUUUUGGAGUCGCAGGAAUAAAGACAUGAAAGAGGACGAUAUUGAUGUAGGAAGUGAACAUCUUAGACGACCAAAAUCAAUGGAAAUUAUUUCUUCAUCAACAGGUGAUGAUUAUGGUGCUGAAUUUGAACCAAAAGCGACACUUGCUAGUAGUAUGUCUAAUGAUAAGUCAGUGCUGCCAUCUAGUUCAUCAAUUCAUAUCAAAUCCUCUGGAAGUUUGCCAGAUAUAUCUGGUGAAGGGUCUCUGCAAGUUAACAACACAGAAUGUGAAGGGGUAAAUUCAGCUGCUGAUAAUGAUCUACAUGAAUCUAUUGGCUCAAUUGAGAAUACAGGAGUUGUUAAACCAAAAUCAAAAAAGAAAAUGAAAAUACCAUCCUUUAGUUUCCAAUUUGAAAAACGCAGUACCAAAAAAGGUAACAUAGAAAAACAAGAAAGGAAUCUAAACUUGGAUCACGAUGAGGAAUUGCAAGGUGUAGUAGAUGAUAAGCAGAAUCCUGUCAUUCCAGUUAGAAAAUUAGAUGUUCAUGCAGAAAUUGAUAUCUCAGAUGUAACACUUAAUGGGUCAUCUGCUCUAGAAUUAACAUCAUUAAAGAUAUUGCCUUCAAUAGAUGAUAAUCAUGUUGAUGCUAUUAAAGUAAACCCUGAAGUAGAGGUAUCUGAAAGAAACUGUUUGAAUUCAUUAAACACUAACACUCCAGUACAUGGAAAUGUACAUGGUGAGGUCAAUGCUUGUAUUGUAGCCCCUCACAAGUCUUUGAAAGUGAAAAUAUCAGGAAUUGAUGACAAUACUGAUGUAAACUUGGAUUUGCCAAGUCCAGCUUCAGAUUCUGGACUUUCCUCUGGAGUUGGGGAUGAUGUGAAUAUUCCAGGCUUUAAAAUAUCUCCAGAACUGGCAGUUACUUCAGAAAUUGGUUCCCUUCCUCAAAUUGAUGCUUCAGCAGAUGUUUCUACUAUGGGAACUAGCAAUCAAGCUGAUGAAGAUUCAAAACGUUUAGGAUCCAUUCCCUGUUUGUCUGACAAGCAUAGAAAGAAAGGAUUGCUAUCACCCCUUAGGUUGCCGAAAAUCAGUUUCUCCGGAAAAAGGAAAAGUAGAACAUUACCAGCAGUUGUAACACCCUCAGGCACUGUACAGAUACAUAAUAGCUCCCAAUCAUCUGAUGAUUCUAUUCCAAGAUUGGGUAAAGGAAAAAAGAGAAAGAAUCUUCAAGGCUCAAAAAAGGGGCAAACAGACCAAGAUGAAAGUACAUCAUUUCUUGAAAGCACUGCAAAUCCAAAUGGACAACUUGAAAUAUCUGGAAAGGUCUCCUUUGAUUCUGAUGAUGGGCCGUCCACAAGUACACCACUCAAGAAUGUACACCAGAAUAAUAGCAAUGCUCUUGGAUCCGUAAGCCCUCUAGAAUUUGUAGAUGAAUCUGAAGUUUUACCGAUUGAGUUCACAACAACCUACAAAGUGGUUGUAGCUAUAGAUUUUGGUUCAACGUUUAGCGGGUAUGCGUACUGUUUUCCCAUUAAUUCCGAGCAGAUAUUUAUGAUGCGUAAAUGGCAGGGUGGAGAUCCUGGAGUCCGUAAUGCUAAGAUGCCAUCAACGUUGCUCUUGACUCCAGAGGGUGACUUCCACUCAUUUGGUUACAAGGCUAGGGAUUUUUAUCAUGACAUGGAACACAAGGAGGCACAAAAAUGGUUGUACUUUGACAAAUUUAAAAUGACACUUCAUGCGAAUCAGAAUCUGGACCUUGAUACAGAGAUCGAAGCGGCUAAUGGUAUCAAUGUACCAGCUGUCAGGCUAUUUGAGUUGGCGCUGGCCUUUUUCCGUGACCGUGCAUUGGAGGAAGUGUAUGACCACAGUGACCAUCAGGUGGACCUGCAGGACAUCCGUUGGGUCCUGACUGUGCCAGCUAUUUGGAAACAGCAAGCUAAACAGUUCAUGAGGAAAGCAGCAUACUUGGCUGGUAUUGCUUCAACUCAUAACCCUGAUCAGUUGACAAUUGCCCUGGAGCCAGAAGCUGCUUCCAUUUAUAUUCGUCAGCUUAAGAAAUGUGAACCUGAGAAAAAUGUGAGAAGAAGUAUUAUUGAGGUGGAGGAUAUGAAUACAUCGGUGAAUGCUGUUCCUGAGAACCUCAGCGAAGGUUGUCGAUAUAUUGUGGUUGAUUGCGGCGGUGGCACUGUUGACAUCACAGUCCAUCAGAUUGAGGAUUACCGUGGUCUGGUGGAAGUGCACAAAGCAUCGGGAGGAACAUUUGGUUCGAUCAGUGUUGACAGACAGUUCCAGCAACUUCUGGUGGACAUCUUUGGUCAAGAUUUCAUAGAUGAGUUCAAAAUAAAACGUCCAGCUGGUUGGGUUGAUUUGAUGAUUGCAUUUGAAGCAAGAAAACGAAAUGUGAAUCCGUGGAAAAACAACCCACUGAAUGUGUCGCUGCCAUUUUCCUUCAUUGACUAUUACAAGAAGUUUACAGGAACGUCAACAGUGGAGCACGCCCUCAAGGUGUACAAUAGUGAACAUGUGAAGUGGUCUGCACAAGUUCCAGGAAUGAUGCGUUUUACUUCUGAGGGAAUGAAGUCAUUGUUCCAACCAUCAAUUAACAGUAUCUUAGGAUGCAUCGAUCAAGUGUUGAACCAACCAAACAUCGGUCAUAUUUCCCACCUGUUCAUCGUUGGUGGAUUUGCAGAGUCUUCAUUAGUCCAAAACAUGAUACAAAAACACUACCAAGAUCACCUACAGGUUAUCAUUCCUCACGAUAUCACAUUGGCGGUUGUGAAAGGUGCGGUGAUGUAUGGAAUGGACCCAACUGUUAUCAGAGUUCGUAAAUCAAAGUUGACGUACGGUGUAGGCGUUUUGAACAAGUUUGAUGCUCAGAAGCACCCGUUGGAGAAGAAAGUAGUUAGAGAGGAAAUUGUAUGGUGCACGGAUAUAUUUGACAAGUUUGUUGAAGUCAACCAGGCUAUUCAGACAGGAGAGAAAGUCUGCCGCAGUUACAGGCCAGCUAAACCGAAUCAGGAAGAGAUCCUAAUCAGUAUCUAUUGCAGUGAGAAAGAAGAUGUUAAGUUUAUCACAGACAGAGGUGUUAAGAAAUUUGGAAACCUAAAAAUUGAUUUGACAACUAUACCGCAACUAAGUGAAUGGAAGCAACGAGAGAUUAAACUCACGAUGCAGUACGGCGACACAGAGAUUAAAAUCAGCGCGCUUGACGUUCUUACUGGGCACUGUGUCAAAGCUAACAUAGACUUCCAAAAUGAAUGACGUAGCUACAGUUAGUGAGAUACACUAGAUGUUGUUAAAUGAAGUUAGAACUUGUACAGCAUUAAGUCUAUUUUAUACUAGUAAACAUAUAUAUACAAGUACAGUAAUAGUAGUAUACAAGAUACAAGAAUAUUUUUACAAAUUUUAAAUGACAAUGAGGAAAUGUUAAUCUUGUACAUAAGAUCUCUGAUAAUGUGAAUUAUGGCUACAUCAUUCCCAGCAAACACAAAAUUUUAUAACAUGUUGUUAACAUUAUGGUUAGGUUAUAAUGUUAAUACAACAUUCCAGUAAUUAAAUUAUAAUCAAGUUGCAAAUUCAUAUAUGUAGUUCUACAGAAAAAAUGUUUUGUACACCAAACUGCAAAUGUUAUUGGCUUUUCCUGCACCAGCGGAAAAGUCAUUGUCUUUAUAACAUAAAAUUUAUCAGCUGGGCUGUUGCUUUACUUAAAUUUUUUUUUUUUAAUUUAGUGAUUAGUCAUUUUGUAAGUAAUGAGUGGUUAUGUAUUCUUCUAAUAAUACUGUAGUGGUAAUCAUUAAACAUUUCUUGAAGUUUAAUCCCUAAUCACUAGUAAUUUUGAAAUAAGUAUCUAGACAAACUGCAAAACAUUUUAUUAAAUAGAACAAAGAGUAACAAUUUUGAAACUCAAGAAAAACCUUUGUAGUUAAAAAGUGCUCUUCACUAUUUUCUACCUUAUAUUCCAAACCCAUUCAGCUCUUUAAUACUGAUGAGCUGAUAUUAGGGCUCUGCAAUUUGACAUUGCACUGACCAGCUGUAAUAGAAGCUGGAAGUUGGUUGUAAACAUUGGGAAAAAUUUGGAAAUGUGAAGGAUUAUAAAAAUAAUAUAUUCAUCCAGGUGUGAAAUACUGUAUUAUUUUAACAAAGGUAUUACUUCUUAAACACACUCUCAACCAAAUGUGUGAUGAUGACAUGCAGUGGUUUUAGAGAAGUGAUCAGUUGUGGAGGAAUGUAAUUCUCACAUGUGAGGAUAAUGCUGUGAUCACAUACAGUACAUGGUGAUAUGUCAUGUAUGGUGAUCAUGUUGUGACAGAUAUUUAGUCAUUCAUUUGUGUUAUAAAAAAAAACUGAGUGAUUAACAUUUGAGUUAAGAAUAUUUUAUGAUCAUAUGUUGUAAAAAGAAGCUGUGUUAUGAUCAAAAUCAAAGAUGUGAUCAAAUUGUUAAGUGUGAUCAUUUGUAAAAUAUAAUUACAGUACACUGGUUAUGUUGUGAAAGCAAUUUAAUAUUUCAGUGUCCAAGUUUUGAUCAAGAAGUGAGUAUAUUUGUGAUCAUUUGUUAAGUAUCUUGUACACUUUAGUGAUUUUGUUGUGACAAGGAUUUAGUCAUUCAUACUUUUGCAAAUUGCGAUUGGCAUGCAUGCUGACAAGGUUUCAGCAAGUCCAAUUUGUUUUACUCAUGACUUGUUGUAUCAUCAUACAAUUAAUUAGGCCUACUGCUGGUAUUGUGUAAAUACAGUAAAGUUAAUUUUGAGUACCGGUAUAUGUACUGAUUCAUAAAAUGGUAUCAUUCUAAAAGGUAUUUCAAUACCAUUAUGUAAUUGGAUAUUACUGUAUAUGAAUGUAGUAGCUGUUAUCUUGUUAGUGUUUAUCACUUUUUUGUAAUUUUUAGGGAGUAAAGCCGCAUACUCACUGUGCCGAUGGUCGUCGGCCGCCGUGAUUCUAUGGAGAUCGUUUUAAAUGACAAUCCGUUCAGACUGCCACCAACAAUCGGCAGACGGUGUCUCGUUGUCUAAUGCUCACAGGGAGUGGAGUUGGAUUUAUGGGCCAACAGUCGCACAGCUGAAAUACGCACUGCUUUCGGUGACUCCUCCCAGACCUGCCAACUCCUGGGCCAUGAAAAUCUGGAGAUUUUUUUUAAAUCUUAAAAAAAUCUGGAGAUUUACCAAAAAAUCUGGAGGUUUCCAGAAUUAACCGAAAGAUAAUGCAAUUUACUAAAAAAGACACGUCAAGACUAAUCAUAGUGGUAUAAAAUCAAUGGUACAAAAUUACUGCAAAACAACUUAUUAGAUUGUUGCUUGUCUAUCGCGGUGAAUACAUUGAAUAAUAACGAUCUUAUCAAUCAUUUAUGCAUAAAUCAGAGUAUUUUGUGGAGGGAACCUGUAAAAUCAGUAAAAUCGGGUGAAAAUUACAUUCGAUCGGGAGAAUUGGAGAUUUGUUUAGAUAUCGGGUGACACACGACAGGAUCGGGUAAGUUGGUAGGUCUGCUCCUUCCCUUCACUAAAUGAGUACACAAUCAAAUGAUUGUUUUCAUUUUCAGGUCAUCAUUUUGUCGUUUUCUUAAAGAGUACAUACACUGCUUAAAAUGUUUAUGUCACAAAUUAAAGUUAACUAUUUCCUCCUAGUGUGUGUUUCAUAAUCUUUGAUUAAAAAAGUGGAUGAUGUACAACAUAAAUACAAAAGUUAGCUAAUAGUAACAGUAUCCAUAGAAAUGACAACAUUUUUACAUUUUACAAUGUCGAUCAACUAAGUAUUCCAGAUAAGUUUACUCUUAGUAUUUAGAAGUAAUGUAGCAAAACAUUUAUAAUAGAAGCCAUUCAAUUUGUUAAAUAGUUUUGAUUGUCGGCAUUAAAACACAAGAUAUUUCGGUGUAGUGUAAAAACAAAUUGCUUGAGUGAAAUAUGUCCAUUGAUAUGUUUACAAUCAGGUGUGGCAACAGAACAUCGGACUCCCAUCUUGGGUGCCGAUGUCCCGAAUGAUAGCGUACGUGGACUGGUCUAUAAUCAAAUAAAUAGAGUGAAGCAAAGAAAUAAAUGCCAGCUGAAUUUGGGAUUGAACCAAUUACAAUACUCUGGAAAUUGAGCCGUCCCUCGUUGGUAAUCAGGCAGAUUAAGGGACGGGCUGCCCCCUCCCCCUUUCAGAAAGUUAAAAAAGAAAUUUUAAUAGAAAAAGAAAAUUAUUCAUCGUCCAAAACACCUCAGAGGUUAUUUCUGGGUGUUUAGAAAACACCAUUUCCAUGACCCCCAAGGGAAGUGUUGGCUCUCGAUCUCCCUCCACCCCUUCCCCUCCCCCCUUUUGGACAUCUCUGUAUCCGCCCCUGGUAAUGAGGGAUGUUAAUAUUGAUAUCUUCUUUCGUAGGAAUCAUGUGAGAAUCAACAUUAGAUUGGUAGUAUUGAUACAGGUACAUCAACAAAUAAAUAAAGACAUCAAACCAAUCAGCAAAUCAAUCAGUAUUUUUAGCCGUGGGAGGCUGAAUUGGAAGAGAGUGGUGGCAACAAGACUAAUAGCUUAACUAAGCCGAAAAGGCCAAAGGAAGAAAAUUGAUAUAUCGUUUUGGUAUAAUUGACAAAAAUAGUGUGUGAAAUUUGUGUCGUCACAAUUAUGACAAAAAAUGUAAUUAAAAAGCAAUUGUUAGUAAUGUAUAAUUGUUGGCUAUAGAUGUACAUGGGUUCAUAUUGCUCCAAGAAUUGUAGAGUUACAGUAAAGGUUAAUUUAUGUAAACCAGUGAAGACUGUAAACAGUAGUAUCAAUGCUGAUUGGUGAUUGUUGUAUGUAUCAGUGAUGAUUGUAAAUAAGACAGGAGUUUUAUUGCAUAACUAAUACUAUGUAAAAUGUUUAGAUUAAGCCUGUGUAUAUUUUUGACUAAAUGUAAUGUCUCCAAUCAUAGGUCCAUUCUCCAAUCCAAGCCAAUAGGAAGGGGGGGGGGGGGGAGAUUUCUAAUGUGUCAACCCCCUUUUCUAUUAUUCCAUUAAACACCUUCUAAUAAACCAGUCACGAAUCAUAAUAAAGAAAUAUAUCACAUACAUAUGCUAAAAUGCUUCAGAUACAUUUAUUUGCCACCACCAAUAUAAGAGCUCUUCCUCUAAACCCUAGUAGGGCACCAACCUCUUUCUCAUAAAAAAAAAAUGCCUCUUCCCCCCACCCCCUUUAAGUAAUGCUGGUUAGAGGCCUCCAAUUAAAGAACCAUAUAGACCUCAGUAUUAUGCGCUAUAUAAAUUUCACUACAUACAUACAUUUGAAUUAUUAAUGAAAUCUAUCCAUGUUUUUGUGAAUCCAAAUACUGUAGAUUAGGUUUAACGUUUGAUUUUUAAGCUUGUUUUAGCCCAAAUUGAUAUUUAAUUUUAUACCUACAGUAAUUAUGUACUUUAUAUACUUUUAUACUGUAUUCUGUAUUUAAAAUAGAAUAAUAGAAUUAAAUACAGUAGGUAUGGUUUGCGAUAUUAAUUUCCAAAAGGAAGUAUUAAAUAGAUGUGUAUGACAGAGGAGUGGAUCAAUGAUUGCAGAAUAGUUUAGGGUGGAUUACAGGGUUGUUUCACCAGUUUUGGUAUCAGUAGUAGGGAUUUUGUUUUUUGUAUUUUGACAGUCAAAAUGAGAAAGUGCAUUUCCCAGGAUUUGGAAUUCGUAAUGAUUAAUUUUGAGUGCUUUGCUAGUGUAACAUAUUGAAGUUUUUAAAAUGUUUAUAUGUAUCGGUAUUACCAUGGAGGUAUUAGUUUAUUAUUACAAGUUGAAUAGAGUAUGAAUUUAAUGGCAUAUUAUAUACUGUAUACGAUACAUUAUUCCUACUGAAGUAUCAUAUUCAAAGGUGUCCCAAGUCUCCUGCAACUUGCAGGGGUGUCCCGUAAAUCGUGACAGAAUCCCGCACACUCGAAAGCAAGCAAGAAAGAAUUCAUAAUAAUAAGUAAACGCAUGCAGUCAUCUUUUUUAAAACAUUUAAAUAGAGAAAUCUAAAGACCGGGUUUUGUGACCAGGGUCCCCAAGCCUCCUGCGGAGUCCCGGAAUGGAGUCUCCAAGAAAUCGGCGGGGAGGCCUCCAAUAUUACCGUGAAGAAUCUUCUGGAAAAUAACCAUAUUUACAUGUUUUUACAAGUUUUUACCACUGUAUUAUCAGUUGCCAAAUUCAGUGCCAGUGGUUACCACCAUGCAUUUAAACAGAUCUCCCGGAUGUGGAUUCUUCCAACUUGGGACCCCUAUAAUUUCAAUACUUGUUGAAAAAUUAUUAGUAUGAUUUUUUAUUGUGUAAAAGUAUGACAACAUUAACUAGCAUGCUAAAAACAGUAUUAUCAUACGUUAAUCUUUUUUGUUGGUAGGGUAGACUAAGCUAGCUAGAUACUGUACUAUUAAGUCAGCACUGUCUCAUUAAAGCUCCUCUGAACAAUGUUUUAGUGAUUCCUCAUUGUAGGGUCUAAUGUUCUGUUCAAACGAGCUAGUUUUAUAUGUAUGACUUGCCUAUAUGGGAGUGUAAUAUCAUCAUGCCCAUAUUUUAUGCAUAAAUUACAGAUAUACUUCACAUAAUACUUGUGUGAAAAAAAGUACAGAGCAGUGAUGCCAUUUACUGUGUUUAUAGUUUGAUUUCAUUUUUUUCUUUUCUUUGGGUAGUUUCUAAUAUACUUUAGUCAUGGCUACAGGUAUUAUUCUACUAUAUACCAGCUCUGUUUUACCUAUUAUUCAAGCCCUCUGAGUCUUUUUAUAAGCUCCAUAUAUAUUUUAUUUAUCAUUGUUAUUGAAUUUUAUUGGACUGUACUUAAAUAAUGAAUGAUUUUUAAAACUUUUUAAAGGUUUUUAUAGAGCUAUUACAACACUCUCUUUUCAGUACUUAGUCGCCGUUUCCAAAAAGAAACAUCACUUGAGAAUAUGAACUGACAGUUCAUGAAACGUUGGUAAAGUUUCACCAAAGUUUAAUCCCUGGUUUAACAAAAAAGAAAAUUAUAUCAUAAUAUUUUUACAAAAACACAUGAAUUUAUUUCAACAACAAUAUCAAGUUUCAUGUGUAACCUGUGAUUUUUCAAUAUAUAGAUGUGAUGUAACAUUAUGUUCUUAUAUGGCAAAUCAUAGAAAUAUGUCAUAAAACUGAUUGUGUCGAUAGACCUUAUAUAAAUAUUACAAGUUUUUUUUUUAACUACUGUAUGGUAUUAAUAUUGAUAUCCUUUUCCACUUAUGUAUAAUUUAUUAGUAUUACUAUUACUUUGUAAGUAUAUUGUUUGAAACAUAAUAUAUAAAAAUGAAUAAUAUAAUUAGAUUUAUAGACGAUUACACAUGGUAGUAAUUAUUAUCUGUACCUGCUAUCUUUAAUGGAAUAUUCCAGCUGAAUCGAUACAGUAAAAGGACAAAAGAUAGAAUUGACAUAUGACUUAGAAAUUGAUCUUUUCUUCAAUAUUGAUUUAAUUCCUCAUAAGAAAUUUAACAACCCCAAAUAUUGAUGAAGUCUUAAUUUUGAAAUACAGCAUAGCUAUAUGCAUACACAGUGAAUAAAAUUACUAUUGUUCAUCCUAUUCACAAAGUUAUAGAAAAUUGUCAAUAUAAAAUAUAUAUAUAUAUAUACUUUACAAAUAAUUUACAUGAUACAGAAAAUCAUAUGUAGAAUACAUUACUAGUUAGUUUACCUCAAUAUUUUCAUUAGUUUUCAAUUUUAUCUCAUUAAUUACAGUAAUUUGGAUUGAUAGGGAACAUGAUUUUUUUUGUCCCCAUAAAUUGAUUGGAAUAAAGUAUUAUAAAGAACUAAAAACCCCCCAAAAAUAUCCAAAAUAAUAUAUUGUACAGUAAAUCAGAUACAGUACAAACAAUCCAUAUUUUAACUACUGUACUAUCGUACAGUAGAUUAUCAACUAUAUUUUCUUUCAAAAUGAAUAAAUAAUGCUAGGAAUAAUAUUCACAACAUAUUACCAAAAUCAAUUCUAAAGAAUAGUUUUCUAAAUAAUUAUCAACACAACAGAAAUAUUACAAAAUUGUGUCAGGUAAAAUUCCCGGGACUAUCUAAGUAUCCAUAACCUUGAUAAGAUCUGAAACAAUUGUAUCAACUUUAAAUAAAUUGCUUAUUAUUUGAACCUUAAUUAUUCAGUAUUUUACUCAUCUCCCUUUCAUACUGUUUUAUAUAUCAAACAAAAUGUAUGUAUCGCAUAAUGGUAUUAAUAAAGAUGUAUGAUGAAUUUCCGCCUCUGUUGUAAUUGUGAAUUUAGUCAUUUUCCUAAAUACUUUAAUAUUGUAUAGUUAUAAUUUAAGAAUAAAAUGUAAGUCUGAUUACAUUUACUGUAUAUUUUCUCUUGAAUGAUUUUACAGGUAUCAUGCACGAGUGUCUAUAAAACUCGUAUUUCUGAUCUGAGUUUUCUAGUUCUAGAAAACUCAGAUAGCUAGACACCCAUAAUGCCUGAAUAUAUUUUCACACUAGGUUUGAAUACAAGUAUAGUACAGCAUCACCAAGAAGAGAAAAGGGUAGUGCAAAGUUUUAGUACUGUACUUCAAGGAUGGAAUUAAUUAUUCUUCCGUAAAAUUAAAUCUCAAAAUGGCCUCUGGUUAUGAAAAUGGUGCAUCGGUGGAGUAAAGGCCAGCGUCACUGUAAUUAAAUACGAUUUUAAUUGUUUUAAAAUAAUUCGAACAUCAAUGAGAUGUUUACAGUAUACUUUGUAGUCCAUGUUUUUACAAUAUCUACUAUAUUUAUAUACUAUACCAUUUCUUAAAAAUAAAUUGAUAAAAAUCAAAAUUAAAAUGUGCAACAUUUGGCUCAUGGACGUAGAUUGGCAGCAGCGACCGCUCUAGGAUAUAUUUUCUGUGGUGAUAAGGUGUCCGACAAAGGGGACUUGAGAUCGUAUGCCUGAGCUGGGAGAAGGGGUUCAGAGAGGGUUCCCCCACCCAAAUGAGAUUUUUUAAUAGCAACCUCUGGAUGGCCAGAAAUGGCACUCUCAGACUGUGACAGACAUGUGUUAGCUUGGUGUGGGCCUAUUUAUAUAUAUUUUAUGGUCUGACUGCCCGACGAGCUCUGCCCGGGGGGGGGGGGACUUGACCUGUCCGAUGGGGACUUACUGUAAGCCCCCCUGUCCCUGCUGGCGCUGCCACUGACUGGCAGUGCUACCUACAAAAAAAUUACUUCAUCUGUAAAUCCUAAGAAAUGACAAUUGAUAAAAAUAAUAGUAAUUAUAAAUAUACUGACCACUAUAUUAUUUUACAUUACAUGAAUACAAUUUAUACUUAGUUCUACAGUCGGCAAUCAAUGGGUCACGACCCAAGUGUGGGUUGUGGAUAAACAUUCAAGGGUCUUCAGUUCGCUAAUGGGUCUCCAAAACAAUAAUAGAAAAGGUGUUUAGUGUUGUAAUUAACAUU